AGAAAUCAUGACAUCAUCUCCAAGCGCCCCACAAAGCGCGGAGACCACUAUGGGAGGACAGAGAAAGGCGGAGGCAGUGGUAGCGUGUCCAGGUGGUUCUCCUUCUCGUGCACGUUGAUGUUUUUACGAAUUAGCUUAGCUAGCUGCAAGACGGAUCAUCCUCAUCGUCCGGAUAGCUUGACUGAAACCAAAAAUGUCUGUCACAGAGAUGUUUAAUUAUAUCCAGGGCUUUCUGAGCGCCGACCAGGACGUCAGAGAGGAUAUCCGUAAGGUGGUCCAGACAUUGGAACAGACUGCCAGAGAAAUACUAACAGUACUCCAAAGUGUCCACCAACCAUCUGGAUUCAAAGAAAUUCCGAGUAAAUGUGCAAAGGCACGGGAGUUGUUCUGCACAGUCAGGACACAAAUUUGCAGCCUCAAAACAAAAUUUCCUGCGGAGCAGUAUUACAGGUUCCAUGAACACUGGCGGUUUGUGCUGCAGCGCCUGGUUUUUUUAGCAGCCUUUGUUGUCUACCUGGAGACUGAAACUCUUGUGAUUCGGGAGGAAGUGGCCAAGAUACUCGGCAUUGAGGUGGUGCGAGAGAAAGGCUUUCAUCUGGAUGUAGAGGACUACCUGGCAGGUGUGCUGAUCAUGGCCAGUGAACUGUCGCGGUUGGCGGUUAACAGCGUCACAGCAGGAGACUACACCCGGCCGCUCCGCAUCUCCAACUUCAUCAACGAGCUGGACUCGGGCUUCCGCCUGCUCAACCUGAAGAACGACCCGCUGCGGAAGCGUUACGACGGCCUCAAGUACGACGUGAAGAAGAUCGAGGAGGUGGUUUACGACCUUUCCAUCCGCGGGCUGGCCAAGGAGGCCGAGACUGGCGGGGACAAGUAGAGCUCGGAGGCUCCUGCACCUUACCCCGUCUGGAAGGCCAGACCCAGGGAUCUACCUGAGGCUCCAGCAGCUGAGGACAGGGUGUGCGCGUGGUCAUGAGUGUGUUUGUGCGAAUGCAUGCAUGAGAGGUGCUUUAGAUGGAUGGCAGUGUGCCAGAAAGGGGGGGGGGGGGGGCAGAGACGUUGGCAGAGUUUGACGCCCUCGUUCAAAACCGAAGGUUGUUUGAUUUGGGAAAUCUGUGUUCUCGGCUUCAUCUUAUUCAUUGUUAUUGUUUCACUGAGUUGGUUUUGCAAAGGUUCUGUCAAAUUCGCAACAGUUAACAUGUUAUUGUAAGAUAACAUUAUUGAUGUUUAAUUCAUUUGAGAAGCCGGCUGGAGACCGCUCAGUGGAGUGGAGCUGCACACAGCUUAUUUUUUUCUGGCUGUUUAUUUGCAAAAAAAAGAAAAGUGAAAUGUGUUCACCAGGUAUGCCUGGUGGUAUUUCUUAAGACUCUGUGUUAUUGCACCCUUACAGAUCCAGGAGCCUCAUUUAUAAAGGAAAUAGUUGAUGCAAAAUGAUGCUAACCAAGCACAUUUUACAGCAUCCUUACCACAUUUUCAUCAUUACUGACAUUCAUAAGAAAAGCCUCUGUUUGGACUUAGAUCAUUAUCCCCUAACCUGCAUAUACCUCAUUUUUUUUUUUUUAAUUAUAAUGAGGCUUCAGGAGCAAUAGAGCCAAAGAAAUGGAAAAAUAAAUGCACUUCACAUGUUAUAAAGCUACUCUACGAUUCCUUUUUUCAUGUAAUUUUUUUCAACAGCAAGGUAACCUCGCAGAGCAAUGCCGAUGAAUGCAGUAUGUCUGAGACAUUUUAAUAUUUGUUUGUCAGAUGAUUAAGCUUUCUCUGGAAAUCCAUGAGCAUACACAAAAUAGUCACAAUAUCAUGUUCUGCAUGUGAAUUGUUUACUUUUUUCUACAUGUCAUUUUGCAAACAUGUCUUGAAGGUUUGUUUUCCAUUGUUGGCGUCCAUGCUUCUAGACUUUAGUGGGUUAGCUGGGUUGUAUGUUUUAGAAAAAGAAAAAAACAUGUUCACUCUUUCCAUAUUGUGCUUUUCGUUUGCUGGAGUGAUAAGUGCAUUUCACUUGUACCCUAUGUAUUCCUGUCUUUGAAUCAGUUGUCUUUACAGAUGCUUAAAACGACUGUAAAUAUAUUUCUACAUUCUACCUUUCCAGCGUUGUCUGACUUUACAAAUGAACAUUUUGCACACAAAAAAAAUACAAGUUUGUGUUUAAAAUCUUUUUAAUAUAAUUCACAAUAUAUUACAUUGCGGAAAUAAUACAUAAGGUCUUUCAAAUGCAAAUGAGGAAAAGAAACUAUGGAAUUCAGCAGGCUUUAUUUUUCUUUUUUUUCACAAUUUGAAAGGGUUAAUCUGAAACAGCAUCCUCCAACAGCACAGGAGUAUUUGUGUGGAGUUGAGCAGCCCUGCCUUCCAAAACACAGUGAUUUGCUACCUUUAUUAGUGCUACUUCAUAGCAAACAUAAAACAGUAUCAGUCUUAAAUAUUGGUUUUGGUUUGAUUCCCGCGUUGUUUCAACCUGCUGAAAUCAGCUUUGGUCAGCUUCUGGUAUGAAAAAUUGUAAAUGAACAAGACUGGAUAACAUGUUUUACCAGUCGUUAAAUUGGAAAACUUUUUAUUACUGAAUAAUAAAGUGCAUUAAAGAAAAUCCUUUUUCUAUUAAAGAAAAGCCUUCAUAAAUAAAAACACGCAAACAUAAGAGGAUCAGGUUAUCACGUAUCAGCAGCCAGGGACUGUCAGAGGAAUAAUUAUAUUGCCUGUAAAUUGGUCUCAUAAGUGCCAACAGAGGGCAGUCUAGUCUGUGCGAGAUCAGUGCUACUGUGGUUGCAAAUAUUUCAGUAUGUUUUAGUACAACAGUAAUGACAUACCAAGGCACAACAGCUCAUCGCUAGGUGUUAUAAAGGUAAAACUGUGUCAUGACGAGAUGGUUGAGUCAGGUAAACAGGGUUUUCAAACCUUUAUCCCAAAAUUGCCAUGACCCCAGCAGCCGGAGAGAUUUCCUGUAAUCAUGGCAACUU